AUGAAGGUGACAAGUUGCUUACUUGUUGUUUUAUGUCUCUUAACUAUUUAUGUAACAAGAAUUGAUGUUCGUUCAGUUCUACAAUAUUCUGUUGAUCAAUUAGCGAGCAAUUCAUUCGAAGAUGAUGAAUCAAGUUCAAUGCAUAGUAGUGUCAGUGAUUAUCGUCAUCGUUUGGAACAUUCUACUAAUUUUCAGGCACUUCAAUGGUCUCUUAGAACAAUAAAAAAUGACGAUUUAUGUGAAUUUUGUGAUUUGAUUAUUCCAGUAAUUCGAAUAUUUAUUGCAACAAAUCGAACAUCACAUUUGGAUGAAGUACUUUUGUUUAUAUGCAAAGAAUAUAAAAAAAUUGAUCAAAAUGUUUGUGUUGGUGCAGUUAAUGAAUACAAAGAUGCUGUUCUAGAAAUAAUUACUACGUCACCUCUUAAUAAUAAAGGUAUAUGUGCAGUAGCAUUUCAAUGUGAAGCACAAUUUGAUUUUCCACUUUUGAAAUGGAAUAUUACAUUACCUGAUAAACCAAAACCACAACCAAGACCACCACAACCACCAUCGCCAUCAUCACCUAAAUUAACUGUUCUUCAUCUAUCGGAUAUUCAUAUUGAUUUUGCAUAUAAACCAGGAUCAUUAGCUGAUUGUAAUGAACCUUUAUGUUGUCGAGCGGGUCAACCUGGUAAGUUUGUUCUAUAUAAUAUUCUAUUGACGAAACAAUUAUUUUACUUUGGAAUUCAUAAAGCAUUUAAUCAGACAGGUGCAGGUUUCUGGGGUGAUUAUAGAAGUUGUGACAUACCAUAUUGGACUGUUGAAGCUUUACUAAAACGUAUUGUUGAAGUUGAAAAUAUUGAUUUUAUCUAUUACACUGGUGACUUACCACCUCAUAAUGUAUGGAAUCAAUCUCGUUCUGAUCAACUUUAUUCAAUACAUACUAUAAAUCAAUUAUUAACGACAUUAUUUCCUAAUAAAAUAUUCUAUUCAGCAGUUGGUAAUCACGAAGCCGCACCUUGUAAUAUGUAUCCAACACCAAAUAUUCGAUCUGAUAAUAUAUCUUGGUUAUAUGAAGCCUUAGCUGACAAUUGGAUUAAACUUGGUUUACCGACUGAUACACGUGAAAGUAUUUUACAGGGCGCUUUCUAUACAACAAUAGUACAACCCGGUCUACGUUUAAUAUCAUUGAAUAUGAAUUAUUGUGCUCAAGAUAAUUUUUGGUUAUAUAUUAAUUCAACUGAUCCUCUUAAUCAACUUCAAUGGUUUAUUCAAUGGUUACAAUAUGCUGAAGAUCAUGAAGAAAAAGUUCAUAUUAUAGGACAUCAUCCACCAAGUUCAUGUUUAACGGCAUUUAGUUGGAAUUAUUAUAAAAUUGUUAAUCGAUAUGAAAAUACGAUUGCUGGUCAAUUUUUUGGACAUAUACAUGCAGAUGAAUUUACUGUGUUUUAUGAUGAAAUUGAUCAAAAACGUCCUGUUUCAGUGGCAUAUAUUGGUCCAUCAGUAACUACUUAUUCGCAUCUUAAUCCAGGUUAUCGUGUUUUUACGAUCGAUGGUAAUUAUUCUGGUAGUUCAUAUUGGGUACUUGAUCAUCGUACUGUAAUUAUGAAUUUAACAGCAACAAAUAUUUAUAAUCAAACAAUUUUUCUUGAUGAAUAUAAUGCUCGAGAUGCUUAUCAAAUGAAAUAUUUAUUUCCAAACGAUUGGAAUGAUCUAAUUGAAAGAUUACAAAAUGAUAUUGAUGGUCCAUUAAUGGAUUUAGUAUAUCAAUAUUCUAGAAAAUCUCAAAGUUCUUAUUGUGAUCAUAAUUGUCGACGAGCACUCUUAUGUAAAUUAAAAUCUGCUAGAUUCGAAGAUCCUCAUGCAUGUGAUUCAAUUCCACCAUUUUAA